AUGGUUAGGGAUCCAUUCACCACCGACAAGGAAUGCGAUCGGAAUGAGUACGAUGAGAGCGAUCCAAAAUCGUGGUUCGGGAUAUCGCCUGGUUCGAACGUGCUCAAUGGGAGAUAUCCAUCUGCGAAACCGUUCGUAGAGAAACUACAGCAUCAGGAAAUCGCUCUACUGGAACGGAUGGUGGAGGAGCGAGAAGCGCGUCGCAAAGCAAUACAGCGUGAGGUUUUUCAAGAGUUUGACGGGAAUCUGCAAAAACACAUGGAAAAAUUGCAGUUGCAGGUAAUUAAAUUUUUGCUGCAGUCACCUUCUUUUUUAUGUGUUUUUUGCAGCUAUGCAAUGCGAAAACCCAUAUUGACGAGAGGUUUUCUGUGUGUGUGUUUGUGUGUGCGCUGCGCGUCUGUACCGAUUUUUCACCUCGAGGCCCACAAAAGCUACAGGGCUGAAACUUCGGGGACUUUAUCUACAUGCGCGUACGGACCCCCAUCCCCAAAAUGGGGAUGGGGGUCCGUACGCGCUUCAUAG